GGGGCAUGCUCCGUGCUCCUGCGCCCGGCCACGGCGGCGGCGAGCGACACUACCCGCCCGCGGAGACAUGAGGCGCGGCCCGCGGGCAGCCCUGGCCCUGGGGCUGCUGCGCCUCUGCCUGGCCCAGGCCAACUUCGCCCCCCACUUCUUCGACAACGGGGCGGGCAGCACCAACGGAAACAUGGCGCUGUUCAGCCUCCCGGAGGACACGCCUGUAGGCUCUCACGUGUACACUCUGAAUGGGACAGACCCUGAGGGAGACCCCAUCUCCUACCACAUCAGCUUUGAUCCCAGCGCUAGAAAUGUCUUUACGGUUGAUCCCAAUUUUGGAAACAUCACCCUGGUUCAAGAGCUGGACAGAGAGAGGUCCUGUAACCUACAAGGAGCUCAGAUAGCAGCAGAUCAGGGCUGCGAAGAGAGGCUGAGAGAGUGGGUCGAGUCUGGGAAAAUGCCUCCCCUCUGGGCCCUUCUGACCCUGCAGAGAGAGGAUGAGAUCGAAGCCAUCAUCAGCAUUUCCGAUGGCCUGAAUCUGGUGGCAGAAAAAGUCGUGAUCCUGGUGACCGACGCCAAUGACGAGGCUCCGAGGUUCAUCCAGGAGCCGUACGUUGUCCUGGUGCCCGAGGACACGCCUGCUGGGAGCAGCAUCUUCAAGGUCCACGCAGUGGACAAGGACACGGGUUCCGGAGGGAGUGUCACCUACUUCCUGCAGAAUCUGCGCUCCAGCAAGUUUGCCGUGGACCGCCACAGCGGGGUGCUGCGGCUCCAAGCCGGGACCACCCUGGACUACGAGAAGACUCGGGCCCACUUUGUCACCGUGGUUGCCAAGGACGGCGGAGGGAGGCUUCGAGGGGCCGAUGUGGUGUUCUCAGCCACCACCACCGUCACGGUCAAUGUGGAGGACGUUCAGGACACGGCCCCGGUCUUCGUGGGCACCCCCUACUAUGGCUACGUGUACGAGGACACGCUUCCGGGCUCGGAGGUGCUGACAGUGGUUGCCCUGGAUGGAGACAGGGGCAGACCCAACCGCGUUCUCUACAGCCUCGUGAACGGGAGCGACGGAGCCUUUGAAAUUAAUGAGACGUCCGGAGCCAUCUUGGUCACGCAGAGCCCGGCCCAGCUCCAGAGAGAGGUGUAUGAGCUGCAUGUACAGGCGACCGAGGUCAGCGCUGCAGGGAGCCCAGCCACCCAGGCCAGGGCCUCGGUCACCAUCAGGAUUGUGGACCUCAAUAACCAUCCCCCGACAUUCUACGGAGAGAGCGGUCCCCAGAACAGGUUCGAGCUGUCCAUGUACGAGCACCCGCCCCAGGGGGAGAUCCUGCGGGGCCUCAAGAUCACCGUCAACGACUCGGACCAGGGCGCCAAUGCCAAAUUCAACUUGCGGCUGGUGGGCCCCGGAGGCAUCUUCCGAGUGGUCCCCCAGACGGUCCUGAACGAAGCCCAAGUCACCAUCAUCGUGGAGAACUCAGCUGCCAUUGACUUUGAGAAGUUCAAAGUGCUGACCUUCAAGCUCCUGGCCAUCGAGGUGAACACUCCGGAGAAGUUCAGCUCCACUGCGGAUGUUGUGAUCCAGCUCCUGGACACCAACGACAAUGUCCCCAAGUUCACCUCCCACUACUACAUCGCCAGGAUCCCCGAGAAUGCCCCAGCGGGCUCCACUGUGGUGGCUGUCACAGCUGUGGAUCCAGACACAGGUCCCUGGGGCCAAGUCAAAUACUCCAUGUAUGGGAGCGGGGCAGACCUGUUCCUGAUCCACCCAUCCUCAGGGAUCAUCUACACCCAGCCCUGGGCCAGCCUGGACGCUGAGGCCACCACCAGGUACAGCUUCUACGUGAAGGCAGAGGACACGGCAGGCAGGUACAGCCUGGCGGAGGUGUCCAUCACUGUGCUGGAUGUCAAUGACCACUCCCCACAGUUUGGACAGAACAUCCAGGAGAAGACGAUGGUGCUGGGGACCCCGGUGAAAAUUGAGGCCACAGACCAGGACGCAGAGGAGCCCAACAACCUGGUGGAUUAUUCCAUCACCCACGCAGAGCCGGCCGACGUGUUCGACAUCGACGCACACACAGGGGAGAUCCGGCUCAAGAACUUCAUCCGUUCCCUGGAGGCCCUGCACAACGUCACGCCCGGCGGGGACCGCACGUGGUCUCUGGAGGUGCAGGCCAAGGACCGCGGCUCCCCAUCCUUCAGCACCACGGCCCUACUCAAGAUCGACAUCACAGACACUGAGAUGCUGUCCCGGGACCCCAUGGCCGCCUUCCUGAUGCAAACCAAAGACAACCCCAUGAAGGCCGUGGGCGUGCUGGCCGGCAUCAUGGCCAUCGUCGUGGCCAUGACCGUCCUCAUCUCCACCGCCACCUUCUGGCGCAACAAGAAGUCCAACAAGGUCCAGCCGGUGAGGCGCGUCUUCCGCCAGCGGCCCAGCCCCGCACCCCACGCCGUCCGCGUCGAGUGGCUCAAGUUCAGGAGGGCGAAAGCUGCCGCCAAGUUUGUGCUCCAAGAGGAUCCCCUCAACGGGAACUGCAACAACAACAGGCCGGGGCGCUCGCUGCCCCCCAGAGCCCCAGCUCCCCCUCCGCCACCCCGGGUGGUGCCCGGCCUGGGAGCCGCCCGCUGGCCCGUGCCCACGGUCUCGGGCUCCCUCACCCCCCAGCAGCCCCAACGGGCAUCCAGACCGAAGGCCUUGGGAAGCCCGUCCCAGUCAGCCCUGGUCUCUGAGCUCAAGCAGAAGUUUGAGAAGAAGAGUGUAGACAAUAAGGCUUACUUCUAGAAUGGGUUCCGUGGCCCUACUCCACCCGCCCCCCCCUCCCCGACUGCCCUGCCACUCGGACCGUGAUCCCCACCCUCUGCUCCUUCGGGUCACCCCUGUUUUGUCCAAUAGUGUAACCCCAACAUACAGGCUCCAAUGGCCUUUUUCUCUGGCUGUGGGAUGCAAUUGGCAAAUACUUCCCCACUGCCGUGAGGCUUGACACAGCCAUGACACUUCCCACUCUGCAGAGGCUGGGAAUAGACAGGGAGCCAGAUCUGUGUCCUCUACUCUCUAGCCCCAGCCCUCAGAGGGGUCCCGCUGGAGCCUCAGCAUUCUUAGUCAAGGAGACAUGUGUGACAACACUGAUGAGAACCUGGGUUCCAAAGCCUCCAGCCAAAAGUAGGAGCUGGGAAAGAGAGUUCGGUCCUGGCUGAGACUCAUGGGCACUGGACUUUGAGGGCAAGAGGCACUGAAAACUCACACUGCCCAUGGGACUGUGCCUGAAAGCCAUUGGAGGAGGGUCUGGGCAGAGAGCCUAGAUUUCAGCUAUGCCCAUGGGGACCAGGGACAUAGAUGGUACAAGAUAGACCUUGCCAAGGGUGAUAGCAGCUGCCCUCAGCCAAGGCUGUCUGGGGCCCAGAAAUGUCCAAGCCGGAGCCCUGCUGGGUGUCCCAUGGGCACUCAGGAGGCAACCAGAGCCUUCUCUAAGGAGCUGCCCCAACAGAGGUCCGUGAAGAGAUCCAGGAUGGAUAUGAGGGUGGAGAGCUGCAGAGAUUUCCAUUUUUAUCCAGGAUCUUCCGAUCGCCUUGUGUAACCUUGGGAGUGCUGUUCAAACUCCCUGCUCAUCUCCUCCCUCAUCUGUAAAACAAAGAAAGUCAUUCCUAUCUGCUUCCUUUAUGGGUCUAAGGUGAGGAGCAAAGAAAACACCAGGGAAGCGGGCUUUUGCAAAUUGCCAAGUGGCACAAAUUUAAAGUAUUUGCUAGCAGGCCAGUUCUCUGGGAUGUACCAGCUUUGGGUGCUCUGGUUCUUGCUCAGCCUUUCUCCUCCACCUUUGACAGCACCCAGACAGGGCUGCAUGUGGCAUGGCCCCCGGCCUCGCACACCUCCCCUCGCCCCGUCUCCCACUCUGCCCCAGCCAGCCACAGGCAGAAGGGAUGCAGAGCUGGGUGGUAACAUCUAGUCUCAGCCUCUGUUUUGCCAAGAGGAGGAAAAUGGAACUCCCCAGAGAGAAGCGACUUUCCCCAGGCAACACAGCAGGUCGGUGGUGGGAACCUGGUCCAGGGGCCUCAGCAUUUUCCCCUCGCUGGGGCCCAGCUAGCUCCUCGGCUCGUGGCAACCUCUCCAGGGAGCAGAGACACUGCUUGUGUGGUUGCCACCAGGAAGUUCAGCCCUCCUUUAAAGAAAAAUGCUCUGAGGAGAUUCAGAUAUGUACACAGAGAGAGAUAAGUAGAACCAUUCUUUGCAUUUCUAGCCCACUAGAAGACUCGAAUGAUUUUAUUUAAACAAAUUAUCCACACGUGUAGUUUUUCCCUCGAUUUCGGAGUCUGUUUUCUGAGGUGUGGUGCAGAAGUGCCAGUGUGCAGGUUCCUUGCUGGGGCCUCCACAGCCUCCUGACCAGACAGUAUUAGGUAAAGGAUGGGCUCUAAUGAGCCUGAAGCCCAGGCCAGAAACUGGGUCAACAAACAGGUAUUUACCAAUACACGUUUCCGGACAGGGCUGCAGGGAUCAUGUUUGCCCUCCACAGGGAAUACAGCCAUCCUUACAACUUGCAUGCAAUCAACCUCUUUUGUAAAUGCUGAAUAAAAUCUAUGCACCAAAGU